UCAACUUUUCCUAAUAUGCGAUUAUCUUUUCACUUUGUCAUGGUUGCGCUCCUUUUUCACUGCAUUUCCCUACCCUGCGCUGUUACUUCCCGGUCUGUGGGGGGAGAUGCCCUCCAGAGUUUCCGCUCUCUCUUUGCAGUUCCUGCCGGCCUGCAGAUUGCCAAAUGUGAUUAUGGACCGUGCUGGGCUGAUCAGCUGACUGAGGAGCAAAUUGCUGAAUUCAAGGAAGCCUUCUCCCUAUUUGACAAAGAUGGUGAUGGCACCAUCACGACAAAAGAACUUGGAACUGUCAUGAGGUCACUGGGUCAAAAUCCAACAGAAGCAGAAUUACAGGAUAUGAUCAAUGAGGUGGAUGCUGAUGGUAAUGGCACUAUUGACUUUCCUGAAUUUUUGACCAUGAUGGCUAGAAAAAUGAAAGAUACAGACAGUGAAGAAGAAAUUCGUGAGGCAUUCCGAGUCUUUGACAAGGAUGGCAAUGGUUACAUCAGUGCAGCAGAACUACGUCAUGUAAUGACAAACUUAGGAGAAAAACUAACAGAUGAAGAAGUAGAUGAAAUGAUCAGAGAAGCAGAUAUUGAUGGAGAUGGACAAGUCAACUAUGAAGAAUUCGUACAGAUGAUGACUGCAAAAUGAAGAUCUCCUCUCACCUUUUUUCCCCCCUCUAGAUGAAUCAAAUUGAAUCUUUUACUUACCUCUUGCAAAAAAAAAAAAAAAAAGUUCAUUUAUUCAUUCUGUUUCUGUAUAGCAAAACUGAAUGUCAAAAGUACCUUCUGUCCACAAAAAAAAAAAAAAAAAAAAAUCUGCAUGUAUUGGUUGGUGGUCCUGUCCCCAAAAGAUCAAGUUACACAUCAGUUUUACAAUAUAAGUACUUGUACUACUACCUUAAAUGAUAAGGAAGCACUUAGUGGACUCCUUAAAGUUCCAUUUGCUAAUGAUUAUUACACUGUUUGGGCUGGCCAGUUUUUCAUGCAUGCAGCUUGACAAUUGAGCACAGUCAGACAUUUGUAUUAAAAAAAAAAAAAAAGAAAAACAAAAAAACAAAAUUAAAAAAUGUACCCACGUGGGUUUAUCUAGUUCAAUUUGUUAGUAUAAAUUGUCAUAGCUGGUUUACUUUAAAAAAAAAAAAAGUAAAUAAAGUAAAAUUGGUUUACCUCAGGAUGGUAUGCAGCAAAAUGGUUGAAGGAUGCAGAAUUUCAAGAUGUAGCCCUAAUGGUGGUUCUUCUGUACUUAAGUGUGCUCCAAACCCUAAUGAUGAUCUGAAACUCUGGAUGGCAUGUCUGUGUUUCUAUUGGUUUAGCAUUGUCUGCAUUGCACUAUAGUGAAACGGAUGUCAGACUGUUACCAUUCACACAAAAUUUUUGAAAAGAAACCUUCACCAAGGGAGCAUCUUUGGACUCUCUAUUUUUAAAACCUUCUGUACCAUGACUUGGAGCCGGCAGAGUAGGCUGUGGACUUCAGCACAACUAUCAACAUCGCUGUUCAAGAUAUUACGAUUUAUGUCCAUUCCAAGUUGUAAAUGCUAGUCUUUUUUUUUUUUUUUCCAAUAAAAGACCAUUAACUUAAAGUGGUGUUUAAAUGCUUUGUAAAGCUGAAAUUUAAAUGGGGACAGGGCAGCUGAGAGCUGUGGGGAUUGGGGGAGGAGGGGAAGUUUUGUGCUAGCAGACCAACCUAUUCGAGUACCCUGACCUUUGGGUUUUUUCCCCUUCCACCCUCUCAGUAGUAAGAACUAAUCUCUGAGUCCUAAGAUAUUUACUAGAGAUAGACAUACUGAUCUUUUUUUUCAUAUGAUAAAAAUAUAUCUAGUUGGCCUUUUUACUGCUAACAAUGAUCAGUUCAGGCAGAAUAGCCUGAAGAAGAAACAUCUAAUCUCUAAAUCAUUUACCUGGGAUUCCUUUAAAACAUGCUGCUGAUAACCUGCUUUAUGUAACUUACUGACACCAUCUAUGGAAAAGACAUGAUUCACGAUUUAUUAUGGCAAUGUAACUCAAUCUUUGCUGUGUGUGAUAGAAGCAGUAGACCACUUUUCUAAAUCAAUCUCUUCACAUUUAAACUACCUUUCACCAUGCAACUAAGCUAAUUUAUUCAUGCUAUUCAUACAGCAUCUCAUUUGGGUUUCUUCUCUUUCUUCCCCCUCCCCCAGUUCUCCUUCCCCCAUGUGUUCUACCUUUCUACUUUAUUUCCAAAUAGAACUGUGCCCUCUGUGUGUAUGCUAGUUCACAGCUUGUAAGUAGAACUCCAGCCUGGAGUGAAUUUUGUGUCUAAUUAUAAACCCUGUAACCAAAACUAUUACGAAGUGCUGACACCAACCUUUGUGAUGGCAUCAGCUCAUACUAAAAAAAAAAAAAAAAA